AUGUCUUUAAGUGAAGAUUAUCUAAUGAGUGAAGAAGAGGAUGAGGAUGCAGAGGUGUGUUAUGUUGAGCCACCAGAAAAGAGAAAAACAUCUUUGUCUCCUGGGCUUGUGACUGUGAAGUACCUAGUGGAUUUAUUUGGAGAUAGAAUCAGAAAAAAUCCAAACUGGAAGCUCUGUGAUAUGAAGGAGGAGUUUAAAAGAAUUCUAAAAGUUGAUGUUUGUGAGGCUAAGUGUUGUCGGGUAAGACAAAAGGCUCUGUCAGCUGUGGAAGAAAAAAUGCAAGAACACUACGCUAAUUUGAGGAGAUUUGGGGGUGAGCUACUAAGGAGUAACAAGAACAAUACAGUGAAAAUAAAGACAACUAGAUUGCAAGAAGGUGAUGAACCCAGGUUUCAAAGAAUUUAUAUUUGCUAUGAUUCACUUAAGAAGGCCUGGAGGAAUGAAUGUAGACCAGUCCUUGGUCUUGACGGGUGUUUUUUUAAAAGCGUCUGUGGUGGUCAACUCCUUUCCACUGUUGGUAGGGAUGGAAACAACUCUAUCCUCCCUAUAGCUAUGGCAGUUGUAGAGAGUGAAUGCUAUGAUUCUUGGAAGUGGUUCUUGGAGCUAUUAAUAGAGGAUCUGGAUCUAGGAGGAGGCUUGGGGAAGACACUAAUCUCUGAUCAACGAAAGGCUAUAAGAGAGUUGAUGCCAUAUGUGGAGCAUCGAUUUUGUACAAGGCAUCUAGUCUCCAAUCUGUCAAAAGUGUAUCCCUCAACACUUGUGAGUAAUUGUUUCUGGAAUGCAGCCACUGCAACAUACCCAAGGGCCUUCAAGCAUGCCAUGAAGGAGCUAGAGAGGGCAUCUAAGGGAGCUGCAAAAAAUAUGAAGGGGUUGGAUUCAGCAACUUGGUCAAAGGCUUAUUUCUCCACUCACUCUAUGACUGACAGUACAGAUAACAACAUGAGUGAAUGCUUCAACUCAUGGAUUUUAAAGACCAGGUACAUGCCUAUCAUCGAUAUGUUAGUUGAAAUUCAUGAUAUGUUGAUGAUUAGAUUACAUCAAAAGAGAGAUUGGAUGGCUAAUAGGGACUGCAUUAUAGUACCUAAGGCUAAACAAAUGCUUGAUUUGGCUGUGAAAGAUAGUGUAGGUUACAAAGCUUUAUGGGAUGAGAAGGAAAGUUAUACAGUCAAAGGAAAGGGUAGUUCUGUUUGUGUAAGCCUAAAAAAUAGGACUUGUUCUUGUAGGAUUUGGGAUUUAACUGGUGUUCCUUGUAGUCAUGUUGUCACUGCAAUUCAAGAAUCAAGACAAAAUCCAAUUGAUUAUGUUGCUAAGUGGUUCACAAAAGAGACUUACAUGAGAUGUUAUUCUUAUACUUUAGAGGCCCUAAAGGGUGAAGAAUUCUGGGAUGAUGUGGAGGGAGAUGUUGUCCUUCCACCUCUCAUAGUCAAAAAACUUAGAGGGAGACCUAAGAAACUUAGAAGAAGGGAAGGGUGGGAGGGUUCUGUCAGUAGUGGUAAGAAGCUUAGAAUGGCUUACACAGGUCGAGUCAUGCAUUGCGGAAUAUGUAGGGAGAAAGGACAUAACAGAUCUGCUUAUCCUAGUAAGACAUCUGAUCAUCAACCACCACAGCUCAAGAAAAGAGGUAGAAAAGGUAGAAAAGAAGAUGUAGAUGAGGAUGAAAUUAGGACAGAAGUGGAAUUGCAAGAUGAGGAGGAGCAAACUGGUGAAGCAGACUUAAUGGAGGAAGCACUAAGAGAUAUCAUAGAUGAAGACCUUCCACAGAUGCCAACACCUAGUCUUAGAAGGUGUCACGUGGGUACUGGGAGCAAUCCUCCUGCAUCAACACCACCAAAUGCUCCACCAAAGGCAAGGGGCUGCAGUCAGCUUGGAAGCUCUCAGUCACAAGGACCAGUAACCAGGACAAAGGCUGUUAAUUUAUCACCAGUGACAAGAAAGAAAGCUGCUUCACUUAAGUUCCCAGUCAAACCAUUUUCAGCACCAAGAAAAAAUAUUUAA